UCCCCAAAAAGUUUACGCCGUGCAGCCUAUAAGAACUGCCUAAGUUUCUCAAGUAUCAGAAAAAGUCUUGUCCUCCCAGGAACUCUAUCUAUGGAUACUUUGGUUUCCUCCAAGCCGCGCACUGCACCUACAAGCGGACUAACUCUUUGACUCCAUGAGAGGGAAAUAACUCUAUUAGGUGGGGGGACACUUUCAGGCCGCCAUCUGCCCGAGUGGAGAUGUCUGAGGAAAAUAUGGGCGAAGAGUCUAGCAGCUCUCCAGUUUCUCCCGUGGACAGUCUGAGCAACAGCGAGGGGGAGCAGGACAGUCAGCCCAAGAGGUGUGGGAGGAAGAGGAGGCCGAGCAGGAAGAGCGGAGAGGACUCGGACAGCCCGACCCCUGGGGGGAAACGAGGGAAGAAAUCCAGCAGCAGCGGCAGCCCGCAGUCCUUCGAGGAUCUCCAGUCGCAGCGCGUCAUGGCCAACGUGAGGGAGCGCCAGAGGACCCAGUCCCUGAACGAGGCGUUCUCGUCGCUGCGUAAAAUCAUCCCCACGCUGCCCUCGGACAAGCUCAGUAAAAUACAGACGCUGAAACUCGCUUCCAGAUACAUCGACUUCCUUUACCAGGUGCUGCAGAGCGACGAGCUGGACUCCAAGAUGUCAAGCUGCAGUUAUGUGGCGCACGAGAGGCUGAGCUACGCCUUCUCGGUGUGGAGGAUGGAGGGCGCCUGGUCCAUGUCAACAUCUCACUAACAUCUGGAGGAAGACUGUUCCUCCCGAAGAUGGUGACUGCUGAAUCUACUUCAUCACAUUCUGACGGGACAAGCCUGGAGUCCAAUGCUGGAUACAUGGGAUCACUCUAUUUAAAACCAAAGACGACAGGAAAGGGUCCGGGGACGGUGGUUUCUUUUUGCAGAGGCCCGACACCGUGUGCUCGCUCCACACACCUCACUCUGAUGUGUUUCCCUGUUGUUGACGACGAAUGUUGAAAAUACCAUGUGUGUGUUUAGUUUUUUUUACUGCAUGCCUUUGGACUAAUUUCUGCAGAGGUCAAAGUGCAUUAUUGAAGCAGUGUUCUUGUGUUGUGGGGCUUUCAACUGGUGGCGAAGCUCACAUUUCAGACUGUGUGGAUCUAACCUGUGCAAAAAAACAAAAAUAUUUUCAGAAAACAUUUAUUUAUUUAUUGGGGAAACGUGUAACAUUGAGGAAUGGAUCCUGUGUCUGACAAAAUGCAAACACAUUCCUUAUUUUUAUUAUCGUUUUUUUUGUAAAUGUUUGUAUAUUGUUUUCCAUUAAAGACACUUACACGAAAUUGCCUUUUUUCUGUUUUUUUAUGUCACUUUUUUGUUUUUUUAUAUAUCAAAAUAAAUAUAACAAAUGUGAAUUUUAAAUGUCAACACAUUGCUUCAACUUCUAAAACAACGUUAAUGACAAAAGCUUCCACAAUAUACCGCCAGCAGUCACUUGGGAAAACAGAUGGAGUUUUUAUUGGCUCCAGUAAAAGCGUUAGGAAAACAUGCAGCUACGUUUUUUUUACUUAUAGUAAAGUUACACAUUCCAAAAAUAAUAUAUAAACCAAGAUUUGAUAAAACCCUAACUCCUUUUAAAUAUACACAACUGUUAAAGGAACUUCCAUUGUUCACACGUACGGUUAUAUAAAUGUGAAGAUUUCUGCAAAGUACAAAAAUUAUAAAAACGUGGAGAAGAAAACUCACAGUCAGACUAAAAUUAUAUUUUUUAAUUAAGAUGAAAAAAAACCUCUGGUUUCCUGGGGUUGUUUACAGUGAGAUUAAGGUCUGGGCAUGAAACUCAACAUUAUGAGUAAAUAAGUACAACUGGGGUCAAGUCAACCUGCAGUUAUAAAUCCAUGCUGAACAACCAAACUAUUGUUUGUCUUCAGUUUUUCAUUUAAUAUGCAACGCCCCCUGUUUGUGUUUUGAAAGGUGCUAUAAGAAUAAAGUUUGUUGUUGUUAUUAUUAUUAUUAGUGGUGCAUUUUAUUCAUGAUACUACAGAUGUAGAUAUUAUAUCACUAAAGAGGUCAUAUACGAAUUAUUUUUAUUCUUGCACUUUUGCUACAGAUAAUUUCCAACAAUACUGAACCUAAUGGGAUAAU